ACUUCCUGUGACGGGCUGCGUCACUUCCGCUCGUGUUCGGCGUUUCGUCUGUGAGAGCUCACGCGGUUUCAACAUGCGUAUUGAGAAGUGUUAUUUCUGUUCGGGGCCCAUUUACCCCGGCCACGGCAUGAUGUUUGUCCGCAACGAUUGCAAGGUGUUCAGAUUCUGUAAAUCCAAGUGUCAUAAAAACUUUAAAAAGAAGCGCAAUCCUCGCAAGGUCAGGUGGACUAAAGCAUUCCGUAAAGCAGCUGGUAAAGAGCUUACAGUGGAUAAUUCAUUUGAAUUUGAAAAACGUAGAAAUGAACCUGUUAAAUACCAGCGAGAGCUAUGGAAUAAAACUAUUGAUGCAAUGAAGAGAGUUGAAGAGAUCAAACAGAAACGCCAAGCUAAAUUUAUAAUGAACAGAUUAAAGAAAAAUAAAGAAUUACAGAAAGUUCAGGACAUCAAAGAAGUCAAGCAAAACAUUCAUCUUAUCCGGGCCCCUCUUGCCGGCAAAGGAAAGCAAUUGGAAGAAAAAAUGGUGCAGAAAUUACAACAGGAUGUGGACAUGGAAGAUAUUUCUUAAAGAUCUCACUAUUUCUAUAAGUGCAUUUGAAAAUCUCCUUAGGAGACCAAGAACUUCUAAAUGAUCUUUUAUAUUUUACAUAAGGUCACUCAAAUGAAAGGUAUUUAAAAAUA